AUGCCGCCGGAAGGGGAGGGUGGAACCCUCGCGGUAGAGGAAGACGCAGGCCCAUUCACGCUGCAAAAGGGCCUCCACCAUGGCGGCCCCGCGACCGCCGGAGCUGAAGUUUGUGAGGUAACGCACUGCAUUGACCUCCAAGGGGACGUUUGUGCCGCCGCUUGUGACGAGGGCCACGCCUCUGCACGGCUGCCGCGACACCCGACGGGCAAACUCCAGCAGUUUCGUGCUCCACUGCUGCAGCGACGCCAUCGAGGCGCCCGUCAUGUUUUCCAUGAGGAACUGCGAGAACUUGUCCGUCGUCAUUGUGCCUUGAACACCUCGUGCCCUCCCCCCUUUUUUAAAAAAAAACUAGUAUAUAUCAAUGUUUAG